CUUGAGAUUUUUCUCUCUCUCUGUUGCCCUACCUCCUCCUGGUCUGCCUUUCCCCUCCCAGGCUAGACAAUGGGGAGAGCUGACCCAGAGGAAGGGCAGCUCCCAGCUCCUGUGAAGCCCCCAGAUGGUGGCUGGGGCUGGAUCGUACUCUUCGGCUGCUUUGUGAUCACUGGCUUCUCCUAUGCCUUCCCGAAAGCCGUCAGUGUCUACUUCAAGGAGCUCAUGAAAGAUUUCCACGUGGGCUACAGUGACACAGCCUGGAUCUCCUCCAUCAUGCUGGCCAUGCUCUAUGGGACAGGACCAGUAUGCAGCAUCAUGGUGAACCAGUUUGGCUGCCGGCCCGUGAUGCUCAUCGGUGGGCUGCUAGCUUCUUCUGGGAUGAUCCUGGCAUCUUUUACCACCAAUAUCAUUGAGCUUUAUCUGACAGCUGGCGUGCUGACAGGUCUGGGUAUGGCACUGAACUUCCAGCCCUCACUGAUCAUGCUGGGCACCUACUUUGACAAACGUCGGCCUCUUGCCAAUGGACUGGCUGCUGCUGGGAGCCCUGUCUUCCUUUCCUCCCUCUCUCCACUGGGGCAAGUGCUGCUGGAGAAGUUUGGUUGGCGAGGAGGGUUCCUUAUCAUGGGGGGCCUUCUGCUUAACUGUUGCACUUGUGGGGCAGUCAUGAGACCUCUGGAUAUGGGCAUGAAGCGGAAGAUGGAGAAAGCUCAGGAUAAAUAUGAAGCCAAGGAGAUGCUGCCCAUAGGAGGGAAAUCAGAGGAGGGAAUCAGCACCACUGAUGGAACCAAGAAAGCCAAGAAAGCCAAGAAGCAGCCCAAGAAAGGAAAGAAGCUUCUGGAUUUUAGUAUCUUUUCCAACCGAGGGUUUAUCAUUUACACUAUUUCAAAGUUCAUCCUGGUCUUGGGUCUCUUUGUGCCCCCCAUCUUGCUGGUCAACUAUGCCAAGGACACAGGUGUACCAGACACAGAGGCUGCAUUCUUGCUCUCCAUCAUUGGUUUCAUUGAUAUCUUUGCCCGCCCAGCCUGCGGCAUGGUGGCAGGGUUGAAGUGGGUCCGCCCUCAUGUGUCAUACCUGUUCAGCUUCGCUAUGCUCUUCAAUGGCUUGACAGACAUCUGCAGCGCCAGGGCUAGCAAUUACACGGGGCUGGUCAUCUUCUGCGUCUUUUUUGGCAUCUCUUACGGCAUGGUGGGGGCACUGCAGUUUGAGGUGCUGAUGGCCAUCGUUGGCUCACAGAAGUUCUCCAGCGCCAUUGGGCUGGUCCUGCUUAUCGAAGCUUUUGCUGUGCUUAUUGGUCCACCCUCUGCAGGACGUUUGGUUGACGCUCUCAAGAACUACGAGGUGAUUUUCUACCUGGCAGGCUCAGAGGUGGUGCUCUCUGCUCUCUUCCUGGCCAUGGCCACCUACUGUUGCCUGAACCGAGGGAAGAAGAAGGAGCCUCCCCCAGAGAAGAACCUCUCCACGGGUGGUGGGAGCGACACCGAGGAAGCAGAGUCCGAUGUGCAGGAAGCCGAGGAGCACAGCAGCGACAACCACCAGCCGGCCCACAGCACUGACAACGCUGUGGUGGGGGCCAGCGAGGAAGCCAACCAUGUGGCAGAGGAGCAGAGUGGGGAGGGAGGUGGGUGUCCCGAGGGGGAUGGGGAGGUGCUGGCACGAGAUGGCUGCAACACUGACCAGACAGUGCAGAGGGACAGUUUUUAG